GCUUUUUUGAAACGCGAUAUAGAACUCUUACAUGCCACAGUGUCUAAUGACCAAUCAAGUAGCAGAGUCAUGAAUCCAUUGACAGAUUACUAAUACCAUUUAGGUAAUUUUAACUUCAAUUGAUGCGAAAAUUCAUUUAACUGUGGUUCAUACCGUUCGCUUAAUAACGGUUGAUUCAAGCAGCCAAUAGGGCAGUCAAGAAGACUGUCCAGAGACUCGAGUCAGCAUCCACGAGCAUGAACCACACUUUUCAAAUUAUAAAUAACCCUUAUAAAUAACCCCCAAGUAUUCUUUGGAAUGUAGUUUGCUCACCAAAACAUGUUAAGAAGUAUUUUGAAACUACAACUUAAUAAAGUUUUAAUUAGAAACUUUUCGUCCACCACCGUUAAAAGUUCAUUGUCCCUUAGCUUACGCGGUAACUCAAAUGGAUAUAUACAAAAAUUAGAGACUCUUGGAGGGGGUAAGGCCCACGUUAUUCAAAAUGAUUUAUUUGAAGAAUUAGGGGGAACUGAUCUUCAUCCCGAUCCAAUCCAUCAUUUGUUUUCAAGUGUUUCUGGCUGUCAAAAUAUUACUGCUAAAAAAGUUUCCGAGGAUUUAGGUAUUAAGAUUGGAAAAGCCGAUAUUCAAACUGACUCCAGUUUAUCUCUUGUCUUGAAAGAUCCAAAAAAAUAUCCUGGGUUUAAAAUUGAUACUUUGAAAGUAGUUUAUGAAGUUGAAACUAAUGCCACCGAUGAACAAUUCGAUCAAUUAAGAGAGUUAACUGAAGAAUUGUGUCCAAUUGCUCAAGUGUUCAUCAAUUCUAAAGGCCUUCAAUUCGAUAGUAUUUGGGUUAAAAAACCUUUGCUUGAAUAG